GUGGAAGUUAGGUGUGUGCUACCUGAUUUUUUUAAUUUUAAUUUUUUACCGUUGUGAUUUUCACAAUGAAGAAACGUCUCAUCCAAGUGUUUGGCUUCUUGAUCUCAACGCUGGGAUGGCUGUUUGUACUGUGCACCAUGGCAAUGGACUACUGGAGGAUCACCCAGCUGGGAGGACAGGGAGGCUCCUUCAUCAUCAAGGUGGCCUGGUACUGGUCCAACCUAUGGAAGGACUGUUUCACCGAUUCCACAGCUGUCACCAACUGCAGAGACUUCCCGGUGCUCUGGAGUGUCACAGCUUACGUCCAGGGAGUGAGGGGAUUGCUGAUGUGCGGGUUAACUCUUGGAUUCUUCGCUGCAAUACUCUGCUUCCUUGGGAUGGAGUGUACGUAUAUUGGUGGAGCUGAUAAAACCAAGGACAAAAUGCUCCUUAGCGGGGCAGUGUUUCAUUUUGCUGGUGGCGUGUCGGAUAUUGCUGCCUACUGCUUAUACAUCAACAGGAUCGCCAGAACAUCCUUUGCUCCCAGUGUACCAGCAGGAGUCUUACGGUAUGACUUGGGACCUCCCAUAUUUCUAGGAUUGGUGGGAUGCUUUUUCAUCCUGUUGGGAGCUGUGUUUUAUGCUGCUACAGUCCUCAGAGUAAUCUGCCCUGAAAGCCCAGUGGUACAAGUCUAUGGAGGACGCACGUACAUGGCCCCUUUCUCCAGAGGAAGAACCCUGUACACCGGAUACUACGGACGCUCCGGGCAGUAUGGAACGUAUUACGGCUCGGGACGAUCCGGCAGCUCCAAGAUCUCAAAGCUCUCCCAGACAACGCCAACAAAAAUAUCCGAAAGAGAUUUCUGUUGGGACAUUCACAUGUGCCGAGCUCUCAUCAUCAUCUGCAUUAUCUUGGCUUUCUUUGGAUCAAUUCUGGUCUUGGUGGGAAUGAAGUGCACCAAGCUCGGAGGUUCAGAAAUAGCUAACGCCAGAGUGACCUUUGCUGGAGGGAUGAACUACCUUAUAGGAGGCAUGUGUUCUAUGGUUGCUUUCUCCUAUUACGGAAAUAAAAUUAGAGCAGAAUUUCAAGAUCCUCACUUCACAGCUACGAAAUCUGAAAUAGGCGUUGGUGUCUUCAUCGGCUGGGGAGGCUCCACCUUACUUGUUGUUGGAGGCCUUAUUUACAGUAUCUUUGCAGGGAGAGAAGGGUGCCACUCAAGCUCAAAGAAAUACCCCGCCUACCCGUUCCCUGAUGCCUACACAGCUGUUCCAAGGAAAAAGAGUCUCUCGUCUCUGACUCGCACGGAGAUUAGCCAGAGCAGAAAGUCGAGGGCCACCAGUGACAGCAGAGCCAGCAGCAUCUCGGCCAUCACUGACACAACCGGGUCGACAGCUACCAAUGCAUAUGUGUGACUUAUCUGGAAAAGAAGUGCUUCCUGUGUUUUUGUCUUCUACAGAAAAUAUUGUGUGGCUUUAUUUUUUUAUAGUAAUGUCAUUUUAAGUUCAUGUUUGAGUUUUAAUGUUUGUCUUUGCAUUUUGACUUGUCAUUGCAGCUGUUACUAACCUUUAUGAUAACAAUAUCAAAAUCAAUACUAGGAUCCCAAACCAUGAAAGCAAAAGGGAAUUUAACCAUUUAGUUUUUUAAAUUUUGACAACUUCAAAGAAUUUCUCACAGCUGCUUGAAUGCCCAACUGUGACAUGUUAGAAUACCCUUUUCUCCUGAAUAAAAGCAAGUUUGUUUUUUUCCAGGUACACUUUAAUCAAGAUGCAUCAUUUACAUCAAGUCUUGUAAACUUCUCACAUGCAAUUUCUCCUUUGCUGACUAGAAAUUGAAACAUACUAUACAUGCACAAUGGCAAGAUAAUAAAAAUAAAGUGAAAGAUUAUUUAUAACAG